AUGAAGAGGUGCUGGCAUGACCAUGACCCAAAGAAGGUGUUUGGGGUUGCAUGGGGUUGCACACCAACCCCUAAAAAGUUGUUUUCCCAGUCAGAAAUCAAAGCAAGGCACGCGGUUGAAGGCUCAGAACCAAAGCGGUUUGGAACCAAAGCGGCCGUGAGUGGCAGUGAGGCCCAGAGCGCCGUGGUCGCCGCCGGCCUGGCAGCCGCCACCGCCCUGCCGCAACAAGCGCUGGCGGUGCGGGCGGCCAGCGAGGACGACGAGGGCUUCGACCUGCGGAUUGUGGCGGUGCUGGCUCUGCCGCUCUUCGCGGUCUCCUGGGCCCUCUUCAACGUGUGGCGAGUGGCCUUCCGACAGGUGGGGCGCAUCGGCGAGAGCGCCAAGGGCAACGCUCUCUGA